UCUCCUCGCCGCCUUAGACGACCAUCUAUCUUCCCUUACCGGCACCGAUACCCGAAACUCCACGGCCCGAUAUAUCGUUCUCCCUUACCGAAAUAUCGGAAUCCGAAUCUUCUCCAAGACGUUUCGCGGUUUUCGGCGUCUGAAGAAACGGCACCGAGGAUCUAGAAUCCCGGAUCGUAAAUGUCGGUGACCUGAGAGGGUCUCCAUUUCUCGUCGAUUUCUAGUUCUCCGGCGAGGAUCCUGUCGGCGGUGUCAGAAGUCCGGUGAUCCUCCGGCAAUCGAAGUCGCUGAUAGGCGGAAUCGUAGGAUUCGGUCCGUCGAGUUGGACUGGUAGUUGGAGCUGACUGGCCGCGACUGGUUGCUGGAGCAGGACCGAAACCCCUAAAAAUCGCAGAUCGAAGAACUUUGGAUACGACGGCUGAGAAGCCCUAGAAUUUCCAGCGGCGAUGUCAGUCGAAUUGCACGAAUUGGAGAAUUCCUCGCCGGUGGCGGCAUCGAACGUGACGUCGGCUUCCGGCGAUGCGAGCGUCUCGUCUUCUGGUCAGAUUGUAGCCACGGCCGCUGCGGCUACUACAACGACGACCACAACGAAGAAGAAGCGGAAUCUCCCUGGAAUGCCAGAUCCGGACGCGGAGGUGAUUGCGCUGUCGCCGAAGACACUGAUGGCGACGAACCGGUUCGUAUGCGAGAUCUGCAACAAGGGAUUUCAGCGGGAUCAGAACCUCCAGCUACAUCGGCGGGGCCACAACCUGCCGUGGAAGCUGCGGCAGCGAUCGGGGAAGGAGGUGCGGAAGCGAGUGUACGUGUGCCCGGAGCCUUCGUGCGUUCAUCACGACCCGUCGCGGGCGCUUGGCGACCUCACCGGCAUCAAGAAGCACUUCUGCCGGAAGCAUGGCGAGAAGAAGUGGAAGUGCGACAAGUGCUCGAAGAAGUACGCCGUUCAGUCGGACUGGAAAGCGCAUUCGAAGACGUGCGGGACCCGCGAGUACCGGUGCGACUGUGGGACCUUGUUCUCCAGGAGAGAUAGUUUCAUCACGCACCGAGCUUUCUGCGAUGCAUUGGCGGAGGAGAGCGCCAAGGCGCAUACAGCGGUUGCAGCUGCUGGUACAGCUACAGCAAAUUCCAAUUCGGAAGAAGAUCCGAAGCUUAAAAUUGCUGCUUCUUCUGCUGCUGCUGCUGCGUCUUCUGCUGCUGCUGCUGCUGCUGCUGCAGAUGUGGUGUCUGCUGUUUUGCCUAUUUCACAGGGAGCCGGAGGAAUUACAGAGCCUGAAAAUCCCGCCCGAAUCUUACAGCAGAUUCCGAUGCCACCACCGGUUGCUGUAAUUGGAAGCAGCAGCAGCACCACCACGACUUCCAAUGGAAGUAGCAGCAGCAGCAGCAUCUUUGCCAGCAUCUUCGCCUCUGCCGGCACAGGCAGCGGCAGCAGCUUACAGUCUCAGAGCUCUUCAUUCACUGAUCUAAUCGGGGCCAUGACCCGAUCGGAUCGCACGACGACAUCAUUGCCAGUUGCGUCUGUGGAGCCUACCUCCCUCUGCCUCUCAACCAACAGCUCUUCCCUGUUUUCACCGCUGGCGACGGCCCAGCAGGACCACCACCGUCGGCAAUUCGCUCCUCCCCCUCCGCCCCACAUGUCGGCGACCGCCCUGCUGCAGAAGGCCGCCCAAAUGGGCGCAGCGGCUACCAACUCCUCCCUCUUCCGAGGCUUCGGGCUCGGGUUAUCAUCCAUGGCGCCGGCGCCUGCCCCGUCUCAACAAGACAGUUUGCAGUGGCACCAGCCAGAGCCAGCGUCGGGCCUUGGCCUCGGGCUCCCCUACAACAGCGUCGGGCUGCCCGAAUUCAUGAUGGGCCAAACGUUGUUCGGUUCCAAACCUGCCACGCUCGAUCUCCUCGGCCUGGGGAUGGGAGGCGGCGCCGCUGGUGGCGGGCCGCUCUCGGCACUAAUAACCUCAAUUGGGGGCGGGCUCGACAUCGCGGGCUCGUUCGGUGGCGGAAGCUCGCCCGGUAAAUCAUAGGAGAAGGCCGCAGCAGAGAUACAGAAAAGCCCAAACGCCCGACAUUGUUUGUAACGUUUCGGGUUUCGGUUUUGGGAGGAGGCUCUGUGCAGGUAAGUCGGAGUAGUGUUGGUAAUUACUAUUUUUUGCUAGGGGUAGAAAUGGUAGAUUUUUUGUUGUUAGUAAAAUUAGUGUUUUUUUUUUUUUUUUUGAAAUUUCCCUUCUUGUUUUUUUUUUAGAAAAAUGGGGGAAUGGAUUUGCAAAGCUUUCCUUCAUUUGUUGUUUGCAGAGGUUUAAGAGAGGUAUGUACAGUGUAAUGAAGAAAAAAGAUAGGAAGUAGAGAGAGCCAUCGUCAAAGCCGCGUUGGGCUUGUAGCUUUUUAUUUUUUAAAUAUUCCUUAAAUGCC